AGCCCUGACGAGAUGACAGAAACGCCCUAAAAAAUCCCACGACAACUGUCAGUGUCACUUAUCUCGUUUCGCCUGUUUUAUUUGCCACGAAAUGGUUUUGCUCGACAAUUCGAACUUCAUCCUGCGCCUGGAGAAGAUCGCCAAUGCGGCCAAGAAAGACUCUUCCUUUACGCUGACAUUCAAGCGCUAUGAUGGCCAUGAUAAACCUGUACCGAGAGCAGGUCGUCCUCCGUUACCCAAACCGGAAACCUACAUGUGCCUGAUACGAGCCCAGUCAAAAUCCCAGAAGAUUUCCACCGUCGUCCGACAGGAGGAUGUGCCCACCAUGAUGGGCAUGUACUCGCAGUUUAUGAAGAGCAAAAUGGAUGGCCUCAAACGCGUUAAGAAGGUCAAAAGCAAGGCCAAGGCGACAAAGGGUUAACUAGGGGAAGUAGCACUUAGAUAGAUUUUAUUUGACUGUUACCAGGUCUUUUGUUUUAAAUGCAUCAUUUUCUACUGUAAA